CGCUGUUGGCGCUGUGGGCGCUCUGGCCCUUUCAUCCAUACACGUGAAGCUGCCGUGUUGCUGGGAUCCUCGUUUUGGCGCACAAUUAGAGUUGAAGCAUAAUGCCGUCCGACGCCAAGAAGAAGCAGCAGCAGAAGAAGAAGGAGGCUGCAAAGGCCAGGCAGACAGGAAAAAAACCAACGACUCAGGCUAAACCUGAGGAUGGAAAGGAGACGUCCUGCACUCCACCUGGAGAGGUGGAGAAUGGUACCAGCAAUGGAGUAAUCUCUGCUGAAGAGGCUCUCUGCAUGAAACUUGAAGCAGAUGCUCGUCUGAAUGCUGAAGCUCGUUCGUGCACUGGAACUCUGGCAUCUCAUCCCCGCAGUCGAGACAUCAAGAUUUCGACGUUCUCCAUAACUUUCCACGGUUGUGAGCUCCUUCAGGACACGAUGCUUGAGUUGAAUUGUGGGAGACGUUAUGGUCUGCUGGGUCUCAAUGGCUCUGGCAAAUCGACUCUUCUCUCAGUGGUAGGUAAUCGAGAGGUGCCAAUACCCGAUCAGAUUGAUAUAUUUCAUCUAUCACGAGAGAUGCCAGCCAGCAAUAAAACAGCUCUUGAGUGCGUGAUGGAGGUCGACGAGGAAAGAGUACGUCUUGAGAAAUUGGCUGAGGAGCUCGUAGAUUGUCCGGAGGAAGACGCCCAGGAACAGCUGAUGGAUGUUUAUGAGAGACUCGAUGACAUGUCUGCUGAUACUGCUGAGGCACGUGCUGCACACAUCCUUCAUGGUCUCGGUUUCACACCCAAGAUGCAGAAAACUCCCACCAAAGACUUCUCCGGUGGCUGGAGAAUGCGAAUUGCUCUGGCACGUGCACUCUAUGUCAAGCCACAUUUACUUUUGCUCGAUGAACCCACAAAUCAUCUCGAUCUCGAUGCCUGUGUGUGGCUUGAGGAGGAGCUCAAGACGUACAAACGAAUUCUCGUGAUUAUAUCCCAUUCACAGGAUUUCCUUAAUGGCAUAUGCACCAAUAUUAUUCACUUGAAUAAAAAGCAGUUGAAAUACUAUACUGGAAAUUACGAGGCUUUCUGCAAAACGAGGAUGGAGCUCCUGGAGAAUCAGGCGAAGCAAUACAAUUGGGAGCAGGAUCAGAUAGCCCAUAUGAAGAAUUAUAUUGCAAGGUUUGGGCAUGGAUCUGCCAAGCUCGCCAGACAGGCCCAGUCCAAGGAGAAGACUCUGGCCAAAAUGGUGGCACAGGGAUUGACUGAGAAAGUCACUAAUGACAAGGUGCUCAAUUUUUAUUUUCCAAGCUGUGGAGGUAUACCACCACCUGUCAUCAUGGUACAGAAUGUCAGUUUUCGAUACAAUGACGAUGCCCCUUGGAUUUAUAAGAAUCUCGAGUUUGGCAUUGAUUUGGAUACGAGGCUGGCCCUCGUCGGCCCCAAUGGAGCUGGCAAGAGUACAUUGUUGAAACUGCUUUAUGGAGAUCUCGUUCCAAGCAGUGGAAUGAUUCGCAAAAACUCUCACCUCCGAAUAGCGAGAUACCACCAACAUCUUCAUGAAUUACUUGACCUAGAUAUGUCCCCACUCGAUUACAUGAUGAAGGCUUUUCCUGAUGUCAAAGAGAGGGAGGAGAUGAGGAAAAUCAUUGGACGUUAUGGACUUACUGGUCGCCAGCAGGUGUGUCCAAUCAGACAGUUGUCUGAUGGCCAACGUUGCCGAGUCGUAUUUGCUUGGCUAGCCUGGCAGGUACCGCAUCUACUUCUCAUGGACGAACCCACCAAUCACUUGGACAUGGAAACAAUCGAUGCUCUUGCUGAUGCUAUCAAUGAUUUCGACGGUGGAAUGGUCCUUGUUUCUCACGAUUUUAGACUUAUCAAUCAAGUUGCCGAGGAGAUUUGGGUAUGCGAGAACGGAACAGUGACAAAAUGGCAAGGUGGAAUAUUGAACUACAAGGAACACCUCAAGUCCAAAGUUCUGAAGGACAAUCAGAAGAGAGAGAAGGAGUUCAUGAACCGAGGAAAAUAAUAAUCCCUAUUUUUUAACUGACCAGAAUAAAUCCCGGAAAAUGAAGGAUAAUUAUACUUGAUUCCAUUGCCGCCACAUCCCGCGUAUGAAUCGAAAUUCAUUCAUCGUCUGAUCCAGCGCUGCUGUGUAGCGUUUAAACUGAUGAGUUCAGCCUACCUAGCUAAUUUAUUUAAAUAAAAUGGAAGAUAUGAAUUCAUCGUCAAUGAAACCACGUGCAAAUCAUUGUCAUCAGUGAAUUUUGAAUGGUGAUAACGUGUGGACUAAGUGUCUUGAUGGAUUUCAUCGCUAUUGAAUAUCCACGAACAUUUUUCCACACUCUGGAACAUAUUAAAUUGAUUAAUGAAAUUUUAAAAUAAUUACUACUGUAUUAAAUAAAAAUACACCGAUUGAGAGAGCAUUAAA